CUCUCUCUCUCUCUCUCUCUCUCUCUCAAAACCUAAAGCCCUGCUUGCAACCAUUCUUUCCUCUCUCACAUUUCACUCCAUAAAGCUAUUAUACGCUUUUUAAACUUAUCUCCCUUCUCCUUAACCCUCACUCUCAAACAAAUUUUGCUCUUAGCAUUCCUCUCCUCCUCAUUUAUUUUUUUUCUUUUUUGGGCUUUUCCUUUUUCCCUUUUCCUUCUGCUCUGUUGGAUGUGGUGAAGCUAGGAACUUACGGCAAAACCCUAGCUUUCUUGUUGUUGAUUAUGGUGGGGACACACCUUCUGCUGAAACACAGUAGCUUCUUUACCUAAAAUCUUGCAAGAAUGCCUCAAUUCCACUGAAAAAGUUGAGAGAGAAAGGGGAAGAAAUGGAAGAGCAGCAUGGGUUGAUCUUGGCAUGCGUAAUUUCAGGGACCCUUUUCUCUGUUCUGGGCGCAGCUUCUUUUGUCAUACUCUGGUUGGUGAAUUGGCGGCCUUGGCGCAUUUAUAGUUGGAUCUUUGCUAGAAAGUGGCACGAUAUCUUGCAAGGACCGCAGCUGGGAAUAUUAUGUGGUCUUCUUUCACUAUGUGCAUGGGUGAUUGUUAUUUCACCAGUCCUGGUGCUUAUUGUAUGGGGUUGCUGGUUAAUUGUGAUACUAGGGCGAGAUAUAAUUGGUCUAGCUGUUAUAAUGGCUGGAGUUGCUCUACUCUUGGCCUUUUACUCCGUAAUGCUCUGGUGGAGGACACAAUGGCAAAGCUCAAGGGCUGUUGCUGUUCUUCUUCUUCUGGCAGUUGGGUUGCUUUGUGCAUACGAACUUUGUGCUGUAUAUGUUACCGCUGGUGCGAAGGCAUCGCAGCGGUAUUCCCCUUCUGGCUUUUUCUUUGGUGUGUCAGCAAUUGCCCUGGCAAUCAACAUGCUCUUCAUAUGCAGGAUGGUUUUCAAUGGCAAUGGUGUAGACAUUGACGAAUAUGUGAGGAGGGCAUACAAAUUUGCUUACUCUGAUUGUAUUGAAGUGGGUCCUGUGGCUUGUUUACCUGAACCACCAGAUCCCAAUGAAUUAUAUCCUCGACAAUCUAGAAGGGCUUUACACCUUGGACUUCUCUAUUCUGGUUCCCUUUUGGUUCUGCUUGUAUAUUCAAUCUUGUAUGGCCUGACAGCCAAAGAAUCGCACUGGCUUGGAGCAAUUACAUCAGCUGCAGUAAUUAUUCUUGAUUGGAAUGUGGGAACAUGCCUUUAUGGGUUUAAGCUUCUUAAAAGUCGUGUUGCUGCACUCUUUAUCGCUGGAACUUCUCGUGUCUUCCUGAUAUGUUUUGGAGUCCAUUACUGGUUUUUGGGACACUGUAUUAGCUAUGCAGUUGUGGCAUCUGUCCUACUUGGAGCUGCCGUUUCUCGUCACUUAUCCAUUACUAACCCAUCAGCUGCAAGAAGAGAUGCCUUGGAGAGUACUGUUAUUCGCCUCAGAGAAGGAUUCCGUAAAAAAGAGCAGAAUUGCUCAUCCAGCUCGUCUGAAGGCUGUGGCUCAAGUGUAAAGCGGAGUAGUAGUGCAGAUGCUGGUCACCUUGGUAAUGGUACAGGACCUAGCACUGGUGAUCUUACUAGCUGGAAUAACGUUGAAGGGAUUCACAGUGAGAAGGGCAUGGAUAGUGGAAGGCCAAGUUUUGCAUUGCGUAGUAGUUCUUGUCGUUCAGUAGUUCAAGAAACUGAAGUUGGGCCUUCAUAUGCUGAUAAAAAUUUUGACCAUAACAGCUCUUUGGUAGCAUGCUCUAGUAGUGGUAUGGAAAGCCAGGGCUGUGAGUCUAGUGCAUCUAAUUCUGUAAGUCAGGUGCUGGAUUUGAAUUUGGCGCUUGCAUUCCAGGAAAAGUUGAGUGAUCCGAGGAUUUCAUCUAUGUUGAAAAGAAGAGCAAGACAGGGAGAACUUGAACUGACCAAUUUACUGCAAGAUAAAGGACUUGACCCUAAUUUUGCUGUGAUGCUGAAGGAGAAUGGGUUGGACCCUAUGAUCCUUGCGUUGCUGCAAAGAAGUAGUUUGGAUGCAGAUAGAGAUCAUCGUGACAAUACUAACAUGACAAUGGUGGACUCAAACAGUGUUGACAAUAUGGCACCUAAUCAAAUUUCAUUUUCAGAAGAACUUAGGCUCCGUGGUUUGGAAAAAUGGCUUCAACUCUGUAGGCUAGUAUUACAUUAUAUAGCAGGUACCCCAGAGCGAUCGUGGCUUCUCUUCAGUUUUGUCUUCAGCAUGGAGACGACCAUUGUGGCCAUUUUCCGCCCAAACACAAUUAAUCUUAUAAAUGCCACACACCAACAGUUUGAAUUUGGCAUAGCAGUUCUGCUAUUGUCUCCUGUUGUCUGGUCAAUCAUGGCUUUCCUUAGGUCACUUCAAUCCGAAGAAUUAUCUAUGACCUCAAAACCUAGAAAGUAUGGCUUCGUUGCUUGGUUAGUGAGCACUUCUGUAGGAUUGUUGCUUUCCUUCUUGAGCAAGUCGUCAGUUCUUCUGGGCUUGUCUAUAACAGUACCUCUUAUGGUGGCAUGCCUAUCUGUUGGCAUUCCCACAUGGAUUCGCAAUGGUUACAAGUUUUGGGUUUCAGGUGGUGGAAAUGCAACACAUGCUGGAAAUCAUGCUAUUAUGAGGAAGAAGGAGGGUGUUGUUCUUUUCAUUUGUAUAGCAUUGUUUGCCGGAUCUCUAUUAGCUCUUGGCGGAAUCAUUUCUGCAAAACCUUUAGAUGAUUUAAGCUACAAGGGGUGGACUGAUGAUCAGAAAGGUGUUUCAUCUCCUUAUGCAUCAUCUGUGUAUCUUGGUUGGGCAAUGGCUGCUGCAAUUGCCCUGAUAAUUACUGGUGUGCUGCCGAUAGUUUCAUGGUUCGCAACAUAUCGGUUUUCUCUCUCCUCUGCUGUUUGUAUUGGGUUGUUUGCAGCCAUCCUCGUGUCUUCUUGUGGGGCAUCAUAUAUGAAGGUUGUGAAUUCAAGGAGUGACCAGAUUCCUACAAAGACAGACUUUCUUGCUGCUUUACUUCCAUUGAUUUGCAUGCCUGCAAUAUUGUCACUGUGUUCUGGUUUGCUCAAAUGGAAAGAUGAUAACUGGAAAAUCUCUAGAGGUGCUUAUAUAUUUAUAAUUAUUGGCCUUGUUCUAUUACUGGGUGCAAUUUCAGCGAUUACGCUUAUAAUUGAGCCAUGGACGAUUGGAGCAGCAUUCCUUUUAGUUGUUCUUCUUCUGGUCCUUGCAAUUGGUGUCAUUCACUAUUGGGCUUCAAACAACUUUUACUUGACACGGUUCCAGAUGUUAUUUGUUUGUUUCCUUGCAUUUCUUCUGGCUUUGGCAGCAUUCUUUGUCGGUUGGUUUCAAGAUAAAGCUUUUGUUGGUGCAUCUGUUGGUUACUUCUCAUUUCUUUUCCUGUUGGCUGGAAGAGCCCUAACUGUGCUUCUUUCUCCUCCCAUAGUGGUUUAUUCUCCAAGGGUUCUGCCUGUAUAUGUUUAUGAUGCCCAUGCAGAUUGUGGAAAAAAUGUCAGUGCUGCAUUUCUUGUACUUUACGGGAUUGCAUUGGCAGUUGAAGGCUGGGGUGUUGUUGCAAGUUUGAAAAUAUACCCACCUUUUGCUGGAGCUGCUGUAUCAGCUAUUACACUUGUUGUGGCCUUUGGCUUUGCUGUAUCGCGUUCAUGCUUAACUCUUGAGAUGGUGGAAGAUGCUGUUCACUUCCUAAGCAAGGAAACUGUGAUCCAAGCAAUUGCUAGAUCCGCAACCAAGACGAGAAAUGCUUUAUCUGGAACAUACUCUGCUCCUCAGAGGUCAGCCAGUUCAGCUGCCCUUUUGGUCGGAGAUCCUACUAUUGCUAGGGAUAGGGCAGGGAACUUUGUGCUUCCCAGGGCUGAUGUCAUGAAAUUAAGAGAUCGGUUGAGAAAUGAAGAGUUGGCUGCAGGAUCAUUCUUCUCCAGAUUGAGAAGUUGGAGGAUAUUACGGAAUGAAGUUACCAGCGAUGUAGGUCACAGGAGAGAAAUGUGUGCCCAUGCCAGAAUUCUCGCUCUGGAAGAAGCUAUUGAUACUGAAUGGGUUUACAUGUGGGAUAAGUUUGGUGGUUAUUUACUUCUUUUGCUGGGUUUGACUGCCAAGGCUGAAAGGGUGCAGGAUGAGGUUCGUUUGAGACUGUUCUUAGAUAGCAUAGGUUUCUCGGAUCUAAGUGCAAGAAAAAUUAAGAAGUGGAUGCCUGAGGACCGUAGACAAUUCGAAAUUAUACAAGAGAGUUAUAUAAGAGAGAAGGAGAUGGAAGAGGAAGCUUUAAUGCAGAGGCGUGAGGAGGAAGGAAGGGGUAAAGAAAGGAGAAAAGCUCUCCUGGAGAAGGAGGAACGCAAGUGGAAGGAGAUCGAGGCUUCUCUCAUAUCAUCUAUUCCUAAUGCCGGCAGCAGGGAGGCAGCAGCCAUGGCGGCUGCUGUUCGUGCUGUAGGAGGUGAUUCGGUACUUGAUGAUUCAUUUGCACGUGAAAGAGUAUCAAGCAUUGCUCGUAGAAUACGGGCAACUCAGUUAUCUCAACGGGCAUUGCAGACUGGACUUGCUGGUGCUGUAUGUGUUCUUGAUGAUGAGCCCACAACAAGUGGCAGGCACUGUGGCCAGAUUGAUCCUACUUUAUGUCAGAGCCAGAAAGUCAGCUUCUCCAUUGCUGUGAUGAUUCAACCUGAGUCUGGACCAGUUUGUCUCUUGGGCACUGAAUUUCAGCGGAAAGUUUGCUGGGAGAUUCUUGUGGCUGGUUCUGAACAAGGCAUUGAAGCUGGACAAGUUGGUCUGCGCCUAAUUACAAAAGGGGAUAGACAGACUACUGUUGCUAAGGAGUGGAGUAUAAGUUCAUCCAGCAUUGCGGAUGGAAGGUGGCACAUUGUCACAAUGACUGUUGAUGCUGAUUUAGGUGAAGCAACUUGCUUCAUUGAUGGUGGUUAUGAUGGUUAUCAGAUGGGGCUUCCACUUAAUGUCGGCAAUGGCAUAUGGGAACAAGGAACAGAUGUUUGGGUUGGUAUUAGACCACCAAUAGAUAUGGAUGCAUUUGGGAGGUCAGAUAGCGAAGGCACUGAAUCCAAGAUGCAUGUAAUGGAUGUUUUCCUUUGGGGAAGAUGCUUGAAUGAAGAUGAGGUUGCUGCUCUUCCUGCUGCCAUGGGUUUUGGAGAUUACAACUUGAUCGAUCAUCCUGAUGAUAACUGGCAGUGGGCAGAUUCUCCUCCAAGGGUUGAGGACUGGGAGAGUGAUCCUGCAGAGGUUGAUCUCUAUGACAGAGAUGAGGUAGAUUGGGAUGGACAGUAUUCUAGUGGGAGAAAGAGAAGAUCCGAUCGGGAAGGGGUCAUUGUAGAUGUUGAUUCUUUCACUAGAAGGUUGAGGAAACCUAGAAUGGAGACUCAGGAGGAAAUCUAUCAACGUAUGCGCUCGGUGGAAUUGGCAGUUAAGGAAGCUCUUUUGGCAAGAGGAGAACAACAUUUUACUGACCAAGAGUUCCCACCAAGUGACCGUUCAUUAUUCGUUGAUCCUGAUAAUCCCCCAUCUAAGUUGCAGGUUGUUUCCGAAUGGAUGAGACCUAUUGAAAUAGUCAAAGAGAAGCAUCUGGAUUCUAGUCCAUGCUUAUUUUCAGGAACAGCAAAUCCUUCUGAUGUUUGUCAGGGUCGAUUGGGCGAUUGUUGGUUUUUGAGUGCGGUUGCUGUGCUGACUGAGGUUUCGCGAAUAUCAGAAGUCAUUAUUACUCCAGAUUACAAUGAAGAAGGAAUAUAUACAGUUCGUUUUUGCAUCCAGGGGGAAUGGGUUCCUGUUGUGGUGGAUGAUUGGAUCCCAUGCGAAUCACCUGGCAAACCUGCAUUUGCAACCAGCAGGAAGGGGAAUGAACUAUGGGUGUCUAUCCUGGAAAAAGCAUAUGCUAAACUUCAUGGAUCAUAUGAAGCAUUGGAAGGUGGACUUGUCCAAGAUGCUCUUGUGGAUCUUACUGGAGGUGCCGGUGAGGAGAUUGACAUGAGAAGUGCUCAAUCCCAGAUUGAUCUUGCUAGUGGAAGAUUGUGGUCUCAACUACUACGUUUCAAACAAGAGGGUUUUUUGCUUGGUGCUGGUAGCCCUUCAGGUUCAGAUGUGCACGUUUCGUCUUGUGGAAUCGUGCAAGGACAUGCUUACUCAAUAUUGCAGGUACGAGAGGUAGAUGGGCACAAACUAGUUCAGAUCAGAAAUCCGUGGGCAAACGAGGUUGAAUGGAAUGGCCCUUGGUCUGAUUCAUCACCUGAAUGGACAGAUAGGAUGAAACACAAGCUCAAGCAUGUGCCACAGGCAAAAGAUGGCAUAUUUUGGAUGUCGUGGCAAGAUUUUCAAAUACAUUUCAGGUCAAUAUAUGUAUGUCGUGUCUAUCCACCAGAAAUGCGUUACUCUGUCCACAGUCAGUGGCGUGGUUACAGUGCUGGAGGAUGUCAAGACUAUGAAACUUGGCAUCAAAACCCACAAUUUCGAUUGAGAGCCACUGGCCCUGAUGCAUCAUUACCUAUUCACGUAUUCAUUACCUUAACUCAGGGUGUGAGCUUCUCGAGAACAACAGCUGGUUUCAGGAAUUACCAAUCAAGCCAUGAUUCGAUGAUGUUUUACAUAGGGAUGAGGAUUCUCAAGACCCGUGGCCGGCGUGCCGCUUACAACAUUUACUUGCAUGAAUCAGUUGGGGGAACUGAUUAUGUGAAUUCUCGGGAAAUAUCAUGUGAAAUGGUCCUGGAUCCUGAUCCUAAGGGGUACACUAUAGUGCCGACCACGAUCCACCCUGGGGAAGAGGCACCCUUUGUUCUUUCUGUGUUCACCAAAUCGUCAAUAACUCUUGAAGCCUUGUAGCAUUUGGUGAUGCAUCAAUAAUGGUUUCACCGUUGCUUGGUUGUUCCUUGGCCAGUUGGAUGACCACAAAGUUGGUGGCUGGUAACAUGGUAAUUGCAUGAUUUCAGAUGGCUCCGGUGGAUUGCAUCCCAAGGGUCAUUGCUGUGAAGGUCAGUCAGUGCUGCUCUGGAUUGAUGUUCGGCAAACUGGGAUGUGCCCUUUACCACAAGGAGCUGGGGAGGGGGGGGGACCGUGUACAUGAGUAGAUGUUGUAAGAAUAUAGGAAAUUGCCUUGUAAAUGAGCAGUAGAGGAAAAAGGGUUCACAGAAGUAGGGAUAAAAGAAAAGUUAGGUAUACAGCUCUGGUUGAGAAUUAAAGAAUAGCAAAUGUGGCUGGGACAUAUUUGAAGCUUCAGCUGCAAUUUUGAAGCUUUGGGUAGGUGGAGGCGGAUCUCAAUUGUAUAAAUAAUUUUCUCCUACUUUCCUCGCUAAUUGGAAAUACAACUAACUUCCUGCAUAUG